CCAAAGUGCGUUAUUUCACAAUUUAAAGCUCGUGUGUGUGUGUGUGUAUAUAUAUAUAUAGUGGUAGUUUGUAAAGAAUACCUUCCUUGCCUGACUUUCUGGGAUGUAAAUUUGCACGUCGAAUUCACAGCUUUUUUCUUGUCUACACUGAACCACAUUCAACUGGUUACUUCUUUGUGUUUUUAAUGAAGCUUAUAAAUGGCAAAAAGCAAAGUACAUGAAUGUAUGACUGAUACCACAGAAAAAAAAUGGUACAAGUGACAUCAUCACCACCUCCUCCAGCAUUCCCAUGGUUCGGCAUGGAUAUUGGUGGAACUCUGGUUAAGUUGGUCUACUUUGAACCAAAGGAUAUUACAACCGAAGAGGAACAAGAGGAAGUGGAGAACCUGAAGAGCAUCCGGAAAUAUUUGACUUCGAACACGGCUUAUGGGAAAUCUGGGAUCCGAGACGUCCACCUGGAGCUUAAAAACCUGACCAUGUGUGGGCGCAAAGGGAAUCUGCACUUCAUCCGCUUCCCCAGCUGUGCCAUGCAUACAUUCAUUCAGAUGGGCAGCGAGAAGAACUUCUCCAGCCUGCACACCACCCUCUGUGCCACGGGAGGUGGGGCUUUCAAGUUUGAAGAGGACUUCAGAAUGAUUGCUGAUCUGCAGCUCCAUAAACUGGAUGAACUUGACUGUCUGAUUCAGGGUCUCCUUUAUGUCGACUCCGUUGGCUUCAAUGGCAAACCGGAAUGUUACUAUUUUGAAAAUCCCACAAAUCCUGAAUUGUGUCAGAAAAAGCCAUACUGCCUUGAUAACCCGUACCCUAUGUUGCUGGUUAACAUGGGAUCAGGUGUCAGCAUUUUAGCAGUGUACUCCAAGGACAACUAUAAAAGAGUUACAGGGACCAGUCUUGGAGGUGGAACAUUCCUAGGCCUAUGUUGCUUGCUGACUGGUUGUGAGACCUUUGAAGAAGCUCUGGAAAUGGCAGCUAAAGGCGACAGCACCAAUGUUGAUAAGCUGGUGAAGGACAUUUACGGAGGAGACUAUGAACGAUUUGGCCUUCAAGGAUCUGCUGUAGCAUCAAGCUUUGGCAACAUGAUGAGUAAAGAAAAACGAGAGUCCAUCAGCAAGGAGGACCUUGCCCGGGCCACACUGGUUACCAUCACUAACAACAUUGGCUCCAUUGCUCGGAUGUGUGCACUGAAUGAGAAUAUUGACAGAGUUGUGUUUGUUGGGAAUUUCCUCAGAAUUAAUAUGGUCUCUAUGAAGCUGCUAGCAUAUGCUAUGGAUUUUUGGUCCAAAGGACAGCUGAAAGCUCUAUUUUUAGAACAUGAGGGCUAUUUUGGCGCUGUUGGGGCCCUGUUGGAACUGUUCAAAAUGACUGCUGACUGGAGAGAUGAACAGUAGUCGCAGUGGCCUCCAGUGAGGACAGAAAACUGACAGCUGCUGUGGCCUGGAUGGAACUUGCUAUGGAAUGGAAGCCAAGCCAUUAUGGCAGAUUGAACCUGCUGGAUUUGUAAAUAAUUUAAAAUCCUUCUAGCUGAUCUUUUAUUCUUAGGUUUUGAGCUUAUGAUUCAGUGGGGAAUAUAAGAGUUUUUUUCUGUAUACUGUAUUUUUUAAAAAAAUUUUUUGUGCAGUGUGGCCAAACCUAUCAAUUUUAAGCAUUAACUUUGAAAAAUUGUAUGACGUCUAAAAGGACCUGAUAUGUAAGUGCUGUUCAUCUUUCUUCUGGGGUUUACUGAUCCGUGUGAUAAUUUUAACUUCAUUUAGUAAUUACUCUAGGAGAUUUUACCUUUACUUAUAUUUUUCAUGACGUUUCAUGAUUUACUGUUGGUUUCAAAUGAAACUACAAAUCUGGCAUGUUUUACUGUGAACACUAUUUUUGUUUGUUUGUUUUUCCUUUUUUGUCUUUUCAGUAUGAAUGUCUUAUGGGGGAAAAGAAACUUUACCCCUGUUUGUAUCUUUGAAUGCUUUCCCUCUCUCUCGCUUUCCCAUAGGUUUUCUUUAUUGUAAUUUUUCAUAUCAAUCAAGGUGCUGAUCAACUCAUAACAAAGUUAAACACCAAAUCUAAAACUCUCGAGAAUGCCCAAGAAGAGAAGACUCAAAAAGUAUUAAAACAUUUAACGAGUUUGGCAAAAAAAUAAAACUACAUGCAAUUUUAUUUUAUAUCUUAUAAAUAUGGUGUUUCAUUGGAUGUUAUGCUACUUUAUGUUAAAUUGAAAUAUUCUGUGAUAAAAUGUCCUUACCCAUGUAUACAUAUAAGUGACAGCAAAUCCUUGUACAAGAAAUUUGGAAAUUAAUGGGGAAAAUCUCCCAAUAGGUGAAUUGUUUCUAUCAGGUAUAGGGGAAAUCAUGAUUUGAGGUGUCAAGUAGUAAUAGCUAUCUGUUUUGUACAUGUAUGUACCUAGGAGCUUUGUAACAAGACAUCUUAAUAAUGUUAAAAUCCUCUUCGUUCUUAAUAUUUUAAGCUGAAAACUGGACUUUAAUGCCAGUUUCUAAAAUUAAAAAUUAAUUUAUGAUACUGAUCUCUAUAUAAUUUUUUAAAAGAUUCCACUAACUUUCAAAUAAGUGUCUUGUACACAGAUUGGAACGCAGGAGAUCUAACGGCCUGAGCGAUCAUUGAAAGGGAUUUUUGAAGGGCAAUACAAUUGCUUCAUGAUGAAUCUUCCUUUCUCUGCCUUCUGAGCACCAUUUUUAAUUUCUAUAUCUUUGUCUUCAAGAAAUUGAUGCUAAUUAAGAAAUUUACUUGUCUGGUUGAAAUAAAGCCUGUUUCUGUUGUGAUGUUUUUAGUGUAUAUGUUAUUUUCAUUUCUUAAUCCUUGUUUUAAUGUGUUGUGUUCUUGGUACUCUACAUUGUAUAAUUUGAGGUUUUCUCAUAAGUGUGGCAAGGUCUAAAACUGUGUCUUCAGUCAAAGCUGUAGCCCUACAUAGAGAUUUUUUUUUUUUAAAUUUAGCUUCAUUGUUCUUAUAUGGCUGAUUCCUUAAUGCCAAACUGUCACUGAUAUACUUGAUUCCAAAGGAGUUCAAAAUGUGUUCAGCACUAAUACAUUUUAUCAACUUCUGCCUGGCUUGAAAAAAUUCAAGGAACUAAAGUGUUCUUAAAAAAGAUAAUAUUUCCAUAUUACUAUAAUUAGUGCCUUUUGACCCCUUCUUUCCAUUCUCACCUAUAUCAACAGACAGCAAACCUUGGAUGUGUAGAUUGUUGUCCUGUGAAGGAAAUUGGGGAAAAUUAUUGUAACUGUAUUUUUUAAGUUACCUGAAAUCAUUUGCUGUCUCAUUACAAACUUCUGAAACAUUACUUUAGCUGAGGAAAUAACUUAAGUGUUGGCUAUAUAUAGUGAGGCAGCUUUACAAGGAAAACUUGUAGCCUGAGGAUUUUCACAUUCACUUGAAUAUGGAGACUUUCUGUAGACUGAACCUCACAAAGAAACAGCAAGACUGAAGAGGUUUUAUCUCUUGCUGUAUGAAGGUAGGAUGGCCAGGUGGUCCAAUGCCUGGAUUUUUAUUAUGACACAUUUGGAUUGGAUCCACCUUAGCCAGUUUCUAGCUGUGCAGGCAAAAUGAUAAAUCUAUCCAAGUCCAAGUUUCUCACUUGUAAAAACGGGCAAAUAAUGGUUCACAUCCACAUUUAAAGAACUUAAUUCAAGGGUGACACAUAGUGAGCACUUCAUUUAUGUUAAUUGUAAUUUUAAAAUAGAUAUUUUAAACAAAUCCAUUAAA